AUGGCCGGCAGCCCCGACCUGUACGAGACCCUGGAGAUCCGGUACCCGCCCCCCCGGGCCCCCGCCCCGGCCCGGCCACCGCCACCGCCACCGGCGGGGUCCCCGAGGUGGCACCGGGUGUGUCACCGGGCACUGGGCACGGCCCUGCUGCUGCUGCUGGCGGCGGCGCUGGCGGCGCUGAGCACCCUGUACGUGCAGGGCCGGGGGGAGCUGAGGGCGGCACGGGCACAGCUGGCAGUGGCCACCGAUCCCCUGUGGCCCGACCCCGACGGUGACACCCCUUCAGCGGCACAGCAGCGACGGGACCGGCUCGGGCGGUGGCUGCAGGGGCUGGCGCUGGGCUGGCGCUACCACCGGGGCAAGAUUUACCUGUUCUCGGGCCAGAGACAGCCCUGGGCCGCGGCCGAGGCCGCCUGCGCGGUGACACACGCGCACCUGGCCACUGUCACCAGCGCCGAGGAGCAGGCCUACCUGGCCCGGGAAGCCCGAGGUGGCUCCUACUGGAUUGGGCUGGCAGCCACAGGCCCGGGGGGCUCCUGGCGCUGGGCAGACGGGACCCCCUAUUCACCUGAGCACAGUUUUUGGGCUCCAGGCCAGCCGGACAGCACCGACCACGGCCGGUGGGGAGGGGAGGGAUGUGUCCAGAUCCACCCGGUGGGAGCGGGGCUCUGGAAUGACCACAACUGCAACUUCAGCUUCCCCUGGGUGUGCCAGAGGGACCUGAGUGUCCCCUGA